AUGUUUGCAGUAACCAGCAUGUUUUGGAAAUUUGAUCUCCAUUCGUCAUCCCACAUAGAUACACUGCUAGAGAGAGAAGAUGUAACGCUGAAGGAAUUGAUGGAUGAAGAAGAUGUUCUACAGGAGUGCAAGGCUCAAAAUCGCAAACUUAUAGAGUUUCUGCUGAAGUCAGAAUGUUUGGAAGACUUAGUUUCAUUUAUUAUCGAAGAGCCACCUCAAGACAUGGAUGAAAAAAUCCGAUAUAAAUAUCCAAACAUAUCGUGUGAGCUGCUUACAUCGGAUGUCUCACAGAUCAAUGAUAGGCUGGGAGAGGAAGAGUCCUUACUUAUGAAACUGUACAGCUUUCUCUUAAAUGAAUCUCCUCUAAACCCUUUACUGGCCAGUUUCUUCAGCAAGGUGCUAAGUAUCCUUAUAAGCAGAAAACCAGAACAGAUCGUGGACUUUUUAAAGAGGAAGCAUGAUUUUGUAGACCUCAUUAUUAAGCACAUAGGGACCUCCGCUAUCAUGGACUUGUUGCUCAGGCUACUGACUUGUAUAGAACCUCCACAGCCCCGGCAAGAAGUGUUAAAUUGGUUAAAUGAGGAGAGAAUUAUCCAGCGGCUUGUGGAAAUUGUACAUCCGUCUCAAGAUGAAGAUAGGCAUUCAAAUGCAUCACAGUCGCUCUGCGAAAUCAUUCGCCUAAGCAGGGACCAGAUGUUACAAGUACAGAACAGCUCAGAACCAGAUCCGCUGCUGGCAAGUCUAGAGAAGCAAGAAAUCAUAGAGCAGCUGCUGUCUAAUAUUUUUCAUAAAGAAAAAAAUGAAUCUGCAAUAGUCAGUGCAAUCCAGAUCCUGUUGACCCUACUUGAGACAAGACGACAGACAUUUGAAGGCCAUAUAGAAGUCUGUCCUCCAGGUAUGAGCAAUUCAACAUAUUCAGUCAGCAAAAGUGUUUUAGAAGCCAUAAAAGCACGACUUUCAUCCUUCCAUGAGCUCCUACUGGAGCCUCCAAAAAAGAGUGUCAUGAAGACGACUUGGGGUGUAUUAGAUCCACCUGUGGGAAACACACGUUUAAAUGUGAUUAGGUUAAUAUCUAGCCUUUUACAGACCAAUAUAAGCAGCGUGAAUCAAGAACUUAUAGAGCUCAACAGCAUAGGAGUAAUCCUG